UAAAUACGAAACUGUUGGCGCCGUGGCAAAAUCUUUUAGGAGUUUUCCUUAAAUACAUUCUAAUAAUAGCCUUUUAAGUUGAAGAAGUACAGCUAAGGAAUUUUUCUAAGAAUAAUCUUAAUUAGUAAUCGUAAACUAUGUUAGAAAUUAUAAAAGCUCAACGAAGACGAAAACUUUUUAGUUUAGUGGGCAGUACCGACCGUCUUAAGGAUCAUGUUGAAGUGAUACAGGCCUUUAAUGAUAUCGAAUAUAUUGGAAAAACAUCACUAUCAAAGCAUUAUCCCCUAAAAUCUAUCCUAUAUUGGAUAGCCGGUGAACUUAGUCUUCGGAAUGAUGAAACUUCAAAGAUAAGUAUUCAUUUUACCAAGAAUAGUGUUCGAUUAUUGGAUACGAAAGAACAAUUUAUGUAUGAAUAUGGAUUAAAAGAUGUCUAUUUCGAAAAAGUACCAAACGAAGAAACGACUGUUGCCUUUAUUGUGGCGUUUAACGAUGCAGAUUCUGAUUGUUAUAUAUGUAAAUUACCUAAACCGCAAAUGAUUAAAGAAAUAACAUCAAUUUUGGGUGAUGGAACUAGAUUUGAACAAGAUUACAAAGUAAUAGUUGAACCUCUUCCAGGACAUGUUAACGAAGUACUAUUCGUCGGAAAGGAUCCUUUGGAGACAAAGAAUAUUAGUAGUGAAUAUCUGGAUGAAUUUAUAAACUUAAAACGCAAUAAUAUAUCAAAUGCAUCAGACCUAUUUGAUUCGUCAUUCGAUAGUGGAAAUGAGAGUAAAGAUGAUAUACAAUCGUCUGAAAUGAACGAUUGUAGGAAACCAAUGACUAUGCUUUUUCAGAUACAACACGAUCAAAUCUGUUGUAUUAACCUUCAUAGAAAUAUUGCACAAUUUAAUAGAAAAUUUAAAGAUAUAGCUCAUUGUACACAGGGUAAAAUUAAUGAUAACCAUUUUGGAAUUGUUGCAAGAGUACCGCAAAAUUUAAAAUUAUGUAUGUACGUAUUCCAAUGUGCUACUGCAAAAAAUGUAACAGAUAUAAUGGCUUUACUACAAAGAGCGUUUAAAAAUGCUUACGAAUCGUCGAGGAGAAAGAAUAACGAUAUAUGUACUAGAUGUCCCAUAUAUCGAUUUGGGCAAUAUUGUAAUUUAUUACAAGGACGAAAUCAAGAGGAAAUAUCAAUUGUACUAACAAAGAUAAUAAAUGGAUUAAGUAAAAUUGAACAGAGUACUAUACAAACUAAAUUAAAGAACUCUAAUAGUUUGGACGAGAAGCAUCGUUUGACGGUUCUUAUUUCAUUAAUUAAGGAUCUUGUUGAGGAAAAACAAAAAAGUCAUUUACACGAAAAUCUUGAUAAUAUUACUGAUACAAGCCCACCUAAACCAUUUCAACUAUUCGAUCGAAAUGAAAACUCAGACGAACUUGAUAGUAGCUUCGGAAGCGUUCGAAAACGUUCAAUAUCUGAUGAAAGUGAGGACAAAACACCAUCUAAGCCAACGGCAAAUCUAAGACCUCGUCCAAGUUUUUUGAAUACUUCGCCGGAUAUUAUGGUUCGACGUUGUAGAACUCUUCCCUAUCGAUUUGGCCGUAGGAUUAUUGCAAGUGAUACAGAGGAUAAAAGUGACGGCUCUGAAGACGAAAUUUCGACUAAAUCCAUAACACGAGCCAUGUCACAACCAACAACGCCGGUUGUUGCUAAUGGUAACCAUUUUAUGUUUUCAAGCUCUUCAAAGAGGGCUUGGAGAACUAGUAUUCUACAGACGGUAGUUACACCAGUUACAUUACCAAAUCUGUGUAAAGAAGGUAUCUAA